AUGUGUUACUAUGGAGGAUACUAUAGAGGCCUGGGCUACGGCUAUGGUAGCCUAGGUUGUGGCUAUGGCUGUGGCUAUGGCUAUAGCUAUGGUGGCUAUGGUUAUGGCUGCUGCCGCCCACUGUGCCGUAGAAGAUACUGGUCUUAUGGCUUCUACUGA